ACAAAAAAUUGAAUAGGUGAUGCCCUAAUCUCUCUUGUGUCUCUCUCUUGGGUUUUGGUCAGAACACAGUCGGCAUUUUAUCAUUGUCAACCUUCCCUAUCACAUAUCAAACGUUCUCUCCACUCUCGAUUCCAUUCUCUCCUUCUCGCCCUCAUUCACUGACCCAAAUUGAGCUCUGUUGCCAGGUUUGUGAGGCAUGACUGGUGGUGAUAAUCAAAAGGUUGAUGAUGGUGAUAAUAAGCCAAAUGUUGAAGUUGGAGAUUUGCCAAAGGCUGAUUUAGUUGAGGAAAAGUCUGGUGUGGAGAAGAAAAAAUCUGGUGGAGACAAGCAGAAAAAGUCUGGUGGAGAGAAGCAAAAAACUGGUGGUGAUAAGAAGAAGAAUAAUGCUGGUGGUGGUGGAGGUGGUGGAGGAAAGAAAAAGGAAGUUAAGAAGGAGACUGGACUUGGACUUACCCACAAGAAGGAUGAGAACUUUGGAGAGUGGUACUCUGAGGUAGUUGUCAAUGGAGAAAUGAUCGAGUACUAUGACAUAUCGGGGUGUUAUAUUCUCAGGCCUUGGACUAUGGCAAUAUGGGAGAUCAUGCAGGCAUUUUUCGAUGGUGAAAUAAAGAAAAUGAAAAUAAAGAACUGCUAUUUCCCACUUUUCGUAUCUCCUACUGUCUUGCAAAAGGAGAAGGAUCAUAUUGAGGGUUUUGCACCUGAGGUUGCUUGGGUGACUAAAUCUGGAGAGUCUGAUUUGGAGGUGCCAAUUGCAAUUCGUCCAACUAGUGAGACGGUAAUGUAUCCCUAUUAUUCAAAAUGGAUAAGGGGACACCGAGACCUUCCUUUGAGACUUAACCAGUGGUGUAAUGUUGUUCGAUGGGAGUUCAGCAAUCCCACGCCUUUCAUCAGGAGUCGGGAGUUUCUUUGGCAAGAAGGGCAUACUGCUUUUGCAACAAAACCCGAAGCAGAUGAAGAGGUUCUUGAGAUUUUGGAGUUGUACAGACGCAUCUACGAAGAAUUCUUGGCUAUUCCUGUUGUGAAGGGCAAGAAGAGUGAGAUGGAGAAAUUCGCCGGUGGACUAUACACCACAAGUGUUGAGGCUUUCGUUCCAAACACCGGUCGUGGUGUACAAGGUGCAACUUCACAUUGCCUUGGUCAAAAUUUCGCCAAAAUGUUUGAGAUUAACUUUGAAAAUGAGAAGGGAGAGAAGGCUAUGGUCUGGCAGAAUUCGUGGGCCUAUAGUACUCGAACGAUUGGAGUAAUGGUGAUGGUUCAUGGGGACGACAAAGGUUUGGUGUUGCCACCGAAAGUUGCAUCUGUCCAGGUUAUCGUAGUUCCCGUGCCAUAUAAAGAUGCCGAUACUCAAGGGAUUUAUGACGCUUGUACUGCUACUGUGAAUAGCUUGAACGAAGCUGGUAUUCGUGCUGAAGCCGACUUCCGAGACAAUUACUCUCCUGGCUGGAAGUACUCUCAUUGGGAAAUGAAGGGUGUUCCUCUUAGGAUUGAAAUAGGACCAAAAGACUUGGCAAACAGUCAGGUACGCUGUGUCCGCCGUGACAAUGCAUCGAAAAAAGAUAUUCCAAUGGCAAACUUGGUAGAGGGAGUAAAAGAACUUCUGGACAACAUUCAACAGAGCCUAUUCGAUGCUGCAAAAGUAAAACGAGAUGCGUGUGUUCAAAUUGUUAAGACUUGGGAAGAGUUUGUCGAUGCACUCGCCAAAAGGAAAUUGAUCUUAGCUCCUUGGUGUGACGAAGAGGAAGUAGAAAAGGAUGUGAAAACAAAGACAAAGGGUGAUAUGGGAGCAGCCAAAACUUUAUGCUCCCCGUUCGAACAGCCAGAGCUCCCGGAAGGUACUUUGUGCUUCGCCUCGGGGAAGCCGGCGAAGAAGUGGACCUAUUGGGGAAGGAGUUACUAAGAUUAUGAGAUAUUUUAGCAUUUGUUUGGUAUUUUUGAAUGUAGCUGAGCUUGUUAUAUUGGAGUGUGAUUUGUUAUAGGAAAAGAGGUACUUAUUGACCUGAAAAAAUUGAACAAAUCCCACUACUUUCAAUUUUCAAUCUAAUUUAUAAUUUGCUUACAUUUGUUCAUUUUACAAAAUUACAUAAAAGAAUGUUUUGAAGGAUU